AUGUCAGAAUUCACGGAGCACACGCUAAAGUCAAAGUUGGCCAGUCUGUCAAACCACGUCAGCUCGAUUCAAUCGACAUCAAACUGGCUGCUGAAGAACCACAAAAACCGCGAAAUUAUCAUUCGGCUCUGGCUUAAAGUAAAAUUUUCUGUCAAGCUCUGCAUAUUUAUGAAAUUUAGACAGUGAAAAAGGAGUCCAAAAGCCCCAGAGUGGUCAAUUUGUUGUAUGUGGCGAACGACGUAGCACAGAAUGCGAGAAAAGCGUGCCCGCAGUUCAAGGACGAGUUUUUCCCGGCAAUCGAAAGUGCAUUCAGGUGAGAAAAUGUCGAAGUUUACUGAAAAUUGUGAAUUUCAAUUCCAGACACGCAUGUGAGCUGAAAGGAGCCAAAGAUCUGGAAAACGUGAUGGGUAAGCUGAUCAGUGUGUGGAAGGAGCGACAGAUAUAUUCGCCGUCGCACGUGAAACGCCUUCAGGAAGUGCACAAUCAGAUGAAGAUGUCCGGAAGCUUCCCGUCUCCGGCCAGUAAGGAUCAGGGAAAGGUUUGUGGUUUUUUGUUCGGAAUCUUAGGAUCCUAGUAAACUGAAACAUUCAGAACUCGCAGCCGAAUCAGUUUGUAAUGGAAGAGGCGAAGAAGAACGCGCAGGACGUGCUUCUCAGCCUGAAACGCCUUCAAAACCCACCGAGCACAGAACGAGAGAUCAGAGUGCAACUUUCGAAAUAUCCGGAUAACAUCUCCUGCCCAGAAAAGCUGCAAUCCGUUGCGAAUAGCGAGGAGGCAAAGUCCCUUCUGGCUCAAAACGAAGAAGCGCUGCCGAUGUUGGAGGACUACGUGAAACGGCUGAAAGACGAGACGAGAGAACGGGAGACGCUCGAGGCGAAUCUCAAUCUGCUGAUCCAGAAUGUGCGCAUGAGCAUUGAACACCACGAGAAACUGUGCAGAGAUGUCAAGAGAAGGGAGGAUCGCAUCAAGGCCGAUUUGCUUGAGGUAAAUACAGAUUCUGGGCGCUUCUGAAUCUAAUUAAUUACUAUUCUAGGUAGAAAAGACGUUCGAAUCGCUGCCGGAUCUCUCGAGAGACAUGCCGAAUGCGCCUCCUCUCCCCACGCUUGAGGCUCUUUUCGGAAAGAAAAAAUAA